AUGUCAGAAAGUACACAAACCUCAAGUUCCGAGCAUAAUGAUACGACUCCGUCAAUGCGAAGAAAAAAAGCCACGAGGGCUUGUUUCCAUUGUCAGAAAGCUCAUUUGACCUGCGACGAUUCUAGACCCUGUCAGCGGUGUAUUAAACGAGAUCUAGCGGCCUCAUGUACUGAUGGUAUUCGCAAAAAGGCAAAGUACUUGCAAGAUUCACAUUAUGAUGUGUAUGAAAUAAUCGAUCAUAAAUUUUAUUACAAUGACUCUACACCGACUCCCAUUGAACAACAAUCUACCAAACAACAAUUUCCACCUACUCCUGUACUUACACAUCCUCCAACGCCUUUGCAACAAACUCACCCCGGGCCAUUUACCACAUAUCACGAAAAUGCUGCUUCGUCCUCGCUUAUUGAUAAUAAUCGACAAUUUAUGCUGCCUAAAACUGUUGAUGAAACGGUUUACUUGAAAUCAUUGGGGCAUUCUAUUCCGACUUCUCCAAUAUCUCCAUUAUCAUCACAUUUUGCCGAUCAUUACAAUUAUCAACAAUUAUUCUAUUCUCGACAACAUCGUUCUCACUAUAUACAUAAUCUUGGUCAAUCUAUGUUUACAGCCUCACCACAAACGAAUCAGACGGUUUUUAUGCAUAAUGGAUUUCAACCCACACCUAAUAAUAUUGUGGAUCCUAGUACGUUGUUUGGCCCAGAAAGCUACUCUCUUGCAACUGUUAACUAUGGUUUCGGAUCUGAGGCCGUUAACCUUGAAUACUCAAUCCUAAGUAAUAUGUUAUCCACGGCUUCUACAGAGUCGUUAGGUCCACAUAACGGUUUCGCAGAUAUUGGUAUGAUCGAUCAGAAUUGGCAACAACCACAGUUACAACGUACGACAAGUCCUGUCAUGACGACAGCUGGUGGUAUUAACGGAGGUAGUACCAGUCAAAAAAGAGAAAAUUCCGGAAAAAAGAAAAUGAGUUCAAUUACACCGGAAAAUGUUUAUGCGAAUGUCAAAGCACCAUUUUCAUAUACGGAAGGAUUUCAUUAUUUGGUAAAUUGGGUUAAAGAGAGAAUGGAAAAAGAUCAUAUCGAGAGAAUUGUAAGAGCGUUGGCUACAUUUCGGCCAUCGUUUAUUGCACUCAUAAUGAACUUGACUGAAGAAGAUUUGAUCUUCAUGGAAAAAUGUUUCCAGAGAACAAUUUUAGAAUUUGAGAAGCUUAUAAGUUUUUCUGGAACACCAACGGUUGUUUGGCGUCGAACAGGAGAAAUUGCCUUAGUAGGCAAGGAAUUUUUGUUAUUAACACAAUGGACUAAAGACCAAUUACUUGGUAAAACAACAUAUAUAUACGAGGUCAUGGAUAAUCAAUCUGCUGUAGAAUACUGGGAAAAAUUUGCGGCACAUGCAUUUGAUAAUUCAAGACAGUCCGUAAUGACUACAUGCAUUCUUAUGAGACCAUCUGGGAUGCCAGUUCCUUGUGCUUUCUGUUUUACAAUCAAACGAGAUAUAUUUGAUAUUCCGUUAGCUAUUGUAGGAAACUUUUUACCAAUCUUAAGUUGA